CGCUCUGAGCCUUCCUACCUGACGUGGGCGGUGUAGGUGCACUCGGUACGCCUCUGCGGCUGCUAAUCGGUCUCUGAUUGAACUAUGGCAGGUUCAGAUGUUCUAGAAAAAAUGCUUAAGCCUCUCGGAGUCAAUCUGGAGACGUUAAGGAGCUAUGCGUUAGUCUGCAGCUGCGGUGAGAAGUGAAAGCCUCAGCAGAUCCGGUGUGGCUUGUGUCGUCUGUGUCGCUAACCUUGGUGAUGGACAUGUCUAAGGGCAAUGAAUGAUUGAAUUACCUGCUCUACAUCGCACCUAAAUACACUGAGGGGCCGUGUUGGGUGAUACUAGCGUCACUAUGUCCCCAGGCCGAGAUUAGACAGUUAUCAAAGCAGACGACCGCUCGCGAAGCUCAAAACUUUAAAAAAAAUCCCAGCGUGUAGCAUUAUCACAAUGGGAAUAGUCGGCUGUGUAAGGUAUGCAUUGGGAUCGGUUAUGAUGAUUGGUGUGGCACCGGAGUAUCUUGGAGUAUGGUUGAUGUGGCGUGGCAUGAGCUUGGCCCUUCCGCCCUGGGUAUACCAGUGGGGUGAUGAUAAACUCUACUCCCUCUACCAGCGCUUGGUUCUUUUCUUCUUUGAAACAUGCACCAGGGUGGAGGUGGUGAUGUAUGGUGAUGCUGACGAAGCACUGAAAAAAAAGGAAAGCGUACUGUAUCUGUCUAAUCACCAGUCAACAGUGGAUUGGUUAGUGGCAGACAUGGUAUCACUGCGAGGUCGCUCCUUGGGUCACUUGCGCUAUGUGAUGAAGAACACGUUGCAACUAUUGCCCCUUUAUGGACAUUAUUUUUAUGCCCAUGGCUGCAUAUAUGUGAAGCGAGGGAACUUCAACCAGGCAAAGAUGAUUGAUGCUCUAGACUACCUCAAGCAUCCUAAGAUUCCGACCUGGCUUAUUGUUUUUCCUGAAGGAACUCGGUACUAUCCAGGCACCCCAAAGGUCAUCCAGAGCUCUGAGCAGUAUGCCAGAGACCACAGCCUUCAGGUGACAUGCAGGCGGAACACAGACACAGCCGAGCUGGGGGAAACAUCGGGAAAGAGUGCUGUAACACAAAGCCUAGUGCUUAAACAUCACUUAGUGCCAAAAGUGAAAGGAACCUGGCUAGUGACGAAACAUUUACAUGACAAGUUUGAUGCAGUGUAUGAUGUGUCCGUGUUCUAUGAGGGAACUGUUGACCAAGCGGGAGUAAGAGGCAAUGCACCUCAGCUUGCAGAGUUUUUGAUGGGGAGGUGCAAGAGAAUUCACAUUCAUAUUCGACGUAUCCCCAUGAAUGAGGUACCACGAGAAGAAGCCACUCUCAGGACCUGGCUGCACACCCUUUAUGUUGAAAAAGAUAAGUUGGCAGAGAACUUCUUCACUAUGGAUGCAAAACAGCGAGCCACUGUGCAGAAGAGGCUUGGAGGCCGUGUUUCCCAGUUGGGGCUUUGGUCCACCCUUUCUUCUUUUUUGUUUUUUACAACCAUAUCAGUUCCCUUUUUAUGUACCAAACUGGGCCACCAGCUCUACUUUCACCUCCUUUUGUAUGGUACUAUGGGUUCUUAUGCCUGGCUGGCCCUGCGCUCAGUUUGUUAGUGUUUGCACCUGGAGAAAGUGAAUUGCACAAACAAGACUCCUGACCUCAACGUACUCAAGCCAACCAAAUUAUGGUUGGUUGGUGCUAUGUAGGAUUACAUAGUUUAUCUUUUAUAGCUAAAGAUUCUCCUGUAGAGGCCAGUUGGGUAAAAGUGCAUUUUUUUUUAUUUAGAAGACUGUAUACAGUUACCAGUGUUAAGAAAUUUCAGUAUUGUUUUGACAAUUUUCUUCGAGAUCUUUUUGUGCCAAGGUAACUCUUUAAAUUCCCAAUUCAUCAUAAGUGCAUUUUUCUAUUUUUUAGGGUUAAUAAAUAACUACUUGCAGUUUAAGAACUUUUAAUACAUUUCUGAAGCAACAAUUUUUUUGAGAUCCUUUUGUUCCAUAAUAGUUCAUAAGUACUGGAAGCUGGUUAUUAUUGAAGUUUGUGAUUGAAAUAAAAUCUUUGAAGUGAAAUUCCUUGCUUUCUAAUGUUAUUAAUUACAUAUAUUUGACAAAACUCACUAUAAUGAUAUCUCUUAUAAUUUAUAACAUUUUUUAAAUGACCAUUAUCUCUUAAUCUGAAAAUUAAGAAUAUGUCUAUUCCAUUAUUUGUAGUAAGAAAUUAAUAUCAAGGAUAAAAUACCAGUAGAGGUUGAUGUCUGCCUAGAAGGUCUUCAGAUAAGAUUGCUUCUAUUGGAAGUGACCUGUGAUUGGCUGGCUUAUGUGGAUGUCACUGUAUGAUGUACUCUGAAGUAGAGGGAAGAGUAUAUGUUACUCAGAAAAAUCAUCAUCAGUGUCUACACUUCUGUACAGACAUUCAUCACUUGACAACAUUUAUUGCCCACUACACACCAAGGUUAUAUGCUAUAUUCAUUGUACCUAGGCUACAAAGCUGUACAGCAUGUUACUGUAUUGAGUACUGUAGGCAAGGUCUGUAUUUAUCUAUAAGUUAUAUACAGGAAGUGAGCUACUCGUCACCAUGUCUCAUAUUAUUAACUUAAAAUUCAUGAAUAUUCUUGGCUUGGACUAUCUCCCUUCUCAAUGUCAUUUCAGAUAUCAAUACAUUUAUUGGGAAA